AUGUACACCGUGACUCUGGAGACAAUUCUCAAAAUCACGACGCUCCCAAGUCAUGAGGAGCUUUUGGAUGCAGGACUUCUCUGUGAUUUUCAUGAACAGAUGGGUCGCGCUGUGUUUGUAUCUCACCAGUGGGUGAGCUACCAUCAUCCUGACCCGCAUUCUCAGCAGUUCAAAAUUCUUCAAAUGAUGCUCCAACGCCUCCUCUCGGGAGCCUGCAGGGUGGUCCCCCCUGUACCUAAUGAAAUAUAUUGGGGACGCAUGAAGGUACCAACAGUGGCUUCCUUCAGAAGCCAGCCGCUCUAUAUUUGGUAUGAUUAUAUGAGUGUUCCACAGGGCAGAGAUUCAGAAUCUGUGGCAAAGAGGCAUGAUGCCAUUCGCAGCAUCCAUACAUAUGUCGCGGGAUCCUUUUUCUUCUUCAUUUUGUGCCCUCCGGUGCCGCAUGCGGAAGAAGAUAUUCUCCUGACCAGCCAGACGUGGAGCCAUCGUGGCUGGUGCCGUUUGGAAAGAAUGGCGCGGGCUCUGGGACGCCAUGAUGGCUUCAUCGUUUGUGUAGAAGAUUCUACAACCCCGAAGCAGGUGGGAACGGUCCCGCUAGCCCUGCACAAGGCUCCUGGCAGAGGAGUCUUUGCUGUAGCAGAAGACAAGGAGUGGAUCGCCAUGGUGCUGGUUCGAAUGAUACGAGAAAAACUGAGGUAUUUCCUGAAGUGUAAUGACCUUCACAACUACAGAUUCCUUCUGAGCAUUCAGCAUCACUACCUUGCUGGUCUCAACCUGCAGCGUAUCGAGGGGUUGCUUCCUGAAAUUCCGGCCAAGAUCGAUCCUCUCACUGAUCCUGUUGGGUUUACCGCUACCAAGUUCUUGCACGAGACUGCCUUCACGAAUGUGUCUCAAAUCGAUGCGGCAGGGUGGUCACCAUUGUGUUAUGCCGUAGUCAGGGGUGAUGUUGAAGUAGUGCAGGCACUUCUGAACAUCAGGGCUUGCUGCCAAGACAUGGUGAAAAAAGCAUCUGGGGACAUUUUCAUUGCCCCGAAGGUUCCAGUGUUGUCUCUGGCUGCCUCAUACCACAGCAACGACGUCAUCAAGCUGCUCUUGUCAUGCCGCGCAAACAUCAAUGCCCGCGACGGCUUUGGUGCUUGUGCUCUAAGCGAGGCUGCUCUCUCUGACAACGCAUCUGGUGCCCGCCUCCUCCUUGAGGCCAAAAUAGACCAAAAUAUCAUGCCACCGCCAAACAUACAUCCAUUUGCAACGGCAGCGGGAUUCAACUCUCUGGCAUUCAUGCGG